UUGACUGCCUCCCAGCAUCCAGGAACUGAAGCCGUGCCUGACUGGGAGCACUCGAUCGACUCGAGCUAGAAGACCCCUGGGAGCUUUUCUUCCAUCCUGAUUCGCUGUUCAUCUUCCAAUAGAAACUUUGCUUGCAAUUCUUGUUCCAGCGUCCUGGCUGAUACGACAAUGUCUAGGUACAACAAGGACUAUGGCGGGUGGUAGUUAGGGCCGCGACAUACGGACAGUGGCAGCAUGUAGUGAAGGUAUUCGUUGACAGAAUGGAUCGCUUAUUAUGACUGAUUACUUCAGUGCGACUGGAAGCCUAUAUAUUUUUCACGGUGUGUAACGGAGCCUCGUUAGAGAUCCGUCAGAAUGCCUCGUGCUUGUCUUUCCGUCAGUCGUCGUCGGCUAGUAUCGCUCACAGCCGCGAGGCUCGCACCUUCCGCGUUCCUUCUUUCCGAAUCCCUCUCGAUCGUACCUCAGGCCCACCCUGAUACCUCAGGUCGUCACCCUGAAAUCGCUCCUCAUUCGCACCCUUUUGUUAUUGCGUCUCGCGCUUCGUCUUCAGAUGCUGUCGCAAAAUCGCGUCGUUCUGAACUCGCUACAGGUGGUUCGUUAUGCUCCCUAAGAUCAGAUCUGCGAUGCAGAGGACCCAUGGCUCUCUCGCACGAUCCCGUCGCCGUUAGUCGCGUCCAAGGUAUCGCACGUGUCGCACAUGUCGCACGGCUCCAUCAACACGCGGGAUCUGAGGUCGCGCAGCGUGCCACGUCAGCAGACGCGCAGCUAGCGACGUCGGCAGAUCCGAUUUCCGAGCAACCUGGCGGCGAAUCAGCGGUGGAGGAGGUCGGCGCGACGACCGUGUUUGACGCCGAUAAUGACCGUCGCAGCGAUCGGCUCGAAGAGCAGCGCGCCGAUGCGGAACCUUCGCCGCUUGGGUCGCAUGGAGCGGGAGAAACAGCGGCGGAGGCUGCGAGAGAGGCUGGAAGAGAUAUCCGCCAUCCGACGGUGGAGAUCAGCCGUGUGGCGAUGGACAUCGGGCAUCCGUCGCAGCGAUCGCUGGACGAGAGGCUCAAGGAGGGCGAUGUGGCGGCGCUCGAGAUUCCAACGGAGUCGCGGCGGGCGUUCGAGGAGGCGUGGCAGGGAGUGAUAGAGGCGGCGGGGGGCGAGGAGCGCCUGUCGCCGCCCAAGGAGAUCGUGUGGCUCAACGGCGCGCCGGGCGCUGGGAAAGGCGCAAAUACGCCCUUCAUCCUGCGCACCCGCGGGUUCGAAGCGCGCGCCAUCCAAGUGAGCGACCUGCUGGGCGGCAACGAGGACGUGUCGGCCAUCAUGAGGAGCGGAGGGCUUGUUUCAGACUCCAUGGUGCUGCAGAUCGUCCUUCAGCGCAUACUAACCCUGGGCAACACGCCAGCCAUGCUACAGGACGCGGAUCACGGGGAGGUGGUGGCGAAUCCAGAGGCGGGCGGCAAAGUGGCGGGCGCUGUGGUGGACGGCUUCCCGCGCACCACAGUGCAGGUCGACUUCAUCAAGAUGCUCUACGAUAGGUUGAUGGAGCAGCAUCAGAAGUACAUAAACACGCCCUUGGAAGCCCAGUUCCCGCGGCCCAUCUUCCGCAUUGCCGUCCUGUACGUGGAGGAGGAGGAGAGCGUGCGGCGGCAGCUGGCGCGGGGCAGAGCGGCCAUUCAGCACAACCAGCGGGUGGUGGACAGCGGGAUAGGGGAGCUGCAGGAAGUGAGGGCCACUGACCUGUGUGAGAAGUCGGCCCGGCGCCGCUACCACAUAUUCCGGCAGCACUACGACACCCUGCUGCGCCUCAAGGCGUUCUUCCCCUUCCACCUCAUCGACGGCAUGGGCACGCUGGCCGAGUGCAGGGAGCAGAUCGAGAAGGAGCUGCAGUACCAGAGCGCCUUGGAGCUCAACCUCACCACCUUCCGGGCCAUCAGCCACAUCCCUCUCGCCUCUGACAUAGCCAAGUAUGCAAGGCAGAACAUGGUCACUCGCUUGGACAGCUACCAGCAGAAGGACCCGAGGACGUUCAAGGAGGUGAUCGCAGUGAUCGACUCGCAGGUGAUCCCCAUCAUCCGCCGCUCCGCCCUCUCAGGUUUCGCCAUCUUCAACACCGAGCUUCCAGUGUUCUUCGACCAGCCAGGCGCGCCUCAAAUGCUCGCAGACAUUCUAGCAGAGCGGGGCUACUUUGUGUACUGGCAGACCCGUAUCCGAGAGGUGCCCGUGCGCAUCGACCCCGCCACCUUUGCCAUCGAGUGUCUGCGGCGCACCACCAUGGAAUUCCGUAUCAAGUUCGACCGCCCCCUCAUCCGCUCCUCCGACGCGCUCUCCUCCCUCUCCGCCUCCUCCUCCUUCCUCACCGCCACCGCUGCCAAGGCCUCUGCCUCCUCUCGCUCUCUCCUCAUGCCGCAUUCGGCGACCUUUGACCCGCCGCCAGAGACCAAGGCCGGUGAUAUGUGCCCCUCGUUCCCGGGGGGCAAUCCGCCGUGCUUCGUGCCGGAUAAGAAGUUGAGCGGAGGGAGUGGGAAGAGAGUCGGUCAGGAGAAGGGUGUUGGGUCGGACGCGGUAGGUGGGUGUGGGAGUGCUGGGAGUUGUGGCAGCGGUGGUGGUAGCGGUGGUAGUAGCGGAGGUUGUGGCGGCAGUGGUGGCGGCAGUGGUGGGUGUGGAGGGUCUGCCAAGGUGGUCAGAGUGCCAGGGUUGGCAGGGGGGGCGAUCACUCGGCCUGAGGGGUGCCCGCCCUUGCCUCCCUGGGUUCCCACAGGGGAGAAAAAGAAGUGAAGGGCUGCAGUUAGUGGUCCCGCAGUUCAGUGAGCGCUACUGUAGUGAAGUCUUGGUGAAUGCAGAGGAGCACGCAAGGUGGGGGGCUGGCAGGGGAGGGGCGAUCACUGGGCAUGAACAGUGUCCGCACUUGCCUCCAUGGGUGGGUUGGGUUCCCUUCCAGCGGAGAAGACAUGGAGGGGUACCGUAAUAGGAGACAUAAGGAUUCUGCAGCAUGCCUGUUUGGUAUGGGUUGACUCGAUUCAAGGUUUGACAUUCAUACUGAACGCAACUAGUAAUGACGGGCUUCAUAAAUGCUAGAUGAAGGUGUCUCUGCGCUGGUGGUGUGGCUAAAAUUUUCUGUAUCUAUCCAUUGGGUGAGUGUCUUGUGGAGCAUAUGUAUGCAAUCCAUAUCUGGGUUUAUACAUUAUUGGUGAAGAAAUGUAUGUACCAAUUUUAUCGCAUUUUGGAUACUUUU